AUGAACGAAGAAGAGAAAAGGAAAGAAGCCACUGAGGUGAAAGAGGAAAUGGCAGUAACAUUGCCUAAUGCGAAUGGACAGCAAGAAGGCAAGGAUGCGUUGCCUCCCACAGUGACAUCAGAGUCCACUGUGCAGCUCAAGAAUGGGGCCCACGGUUCUUCUACAGAGGGUAUUGCAACAGGGAAUGGGAAGACUGAGACUUUAUCUUUACGCAAGGAUACUCUCCAGGAACCCAAUAAAAAAGACUCGAAGAUGUAUGGACACGUUCAGUCAUCUACAGUGGAUGACUACAAACAUUCUUCUGCUUUGUCAGAUGACAGAAGUGGUAAGAGUGAAGGGUCUUCCCCAAAGCGAAGGAAGGCCAGGGACCUCACCAAUACCUAUACUGGGUUUAUGGGAGAUAUCUAG